CGGAAGGGAGAACUACGGUAGAUAUAUGGCCACCAAAUGUCGCCAACAUGGCGAGGGGUGGGUUGCCGACCCGCCCCCUUUUAGGGCAACAUAAGCCUCAAAAAUUUCGAAACACAUGCUUGCAAGACAAUAUUUCGCCACACAACCCGCCUGUAGCGAUGCGAAACAUAAACAACCUUAUUGCACUCUACAUCCAGCAUCUUCUCUUCGUUUAUGACUCGGAGAUAUUCCAGCUUAUUUUCGUGCUGUAUAGUCACGAAUAUACAGAAGCGGCGAGGUUGGCAGGUUUCCCACCACUGCAAAAUAGUGCAUUCCUACGACAGAAAGCUGAGUUUGAAAGUCGGGAUGUGCCCGGCUUGCCCUCCACCCCUUACCCGAAAGGGUCUGGGAUGGGCACUACAUGUCGAGGAGAAUUGGAGCAUCUAUCCCUGCAAAUCGCUCAUUGUCGGGGAUGUGCCAAUAUCAGGCCACAUGAGUCGCUCGUGCAUACAGAAGAGAGUGCGAAAUGGCCUGCACCACCUCUGCAUCCAUGCAUCCGGCGUCAAAAAAUCCGCAGACAUCUCCCCUCGUCCGAAAGCACACCAUGCACAUGUCCCAAGUAUCCCCCCAACAUGCUGCAGUGGCCCAUGUUCAGCGUCGCUCUAUCGCCUAUUUUUGUGCACGUACGCAGCAAUGUCUAUUCGUGCACCCGGUGUUGACAAGAUUUUCCACCGCCGGUUGCAUAAGAGUCAUGGGACAUGCACUUCCGGACGGAUUUUCGAUUCGUGCAAUGAAGCACCACCAUGGGCUGGCAAACGUCGGUUGGCAAUUGUGUGUAGGUGCGUGUUUUUCCUAAACCAGAAUAAACACGACAAUGCCGGGUGGCAAAAGGUGCGCCUCGUAAUAGGAGCCAUUUGAACGGCAAAUAGUAUCUGAGCGGGGGGAUAUAGUGUAGUUAGACAACGCAGACAUGCCAACGCGAGCAGGUAUUGCAACAAAAAGAAUGAGCUGACGCCAACAGAUGGCAUUAUGUGCCCUAAAGGAGAAGGUGAUUUGCAGACGGGCGUUCUCGGACAUUGCGAGCUGUACCGGCAUAGGGUCAACCAAAAU